AUCAGUUGAAGUGGAGGCCAGGCGUGCCAAUUCCCACUGCAAGCAGAAAGGGCUCCAUCUCAUCGGGGACCAUUUAACUUUACUCUCCCACUUAUGGAUUUCUGCAAAAGCUAAUCAUGGCCGAUCCUUUUGAAAGAGAAUGUAAGGCGAGAAUACGAGGAUAAUCUGUGAAUCUCCGUCUCCACUUCUUUGCAGUUUAAUAUUCAGAUUCAGAGCAGAAAAAAUGGGGAACAACAUUGGAGGAAGCAAGACAGCCAAAGUGAUGAAGAUCAGCGGCGAAACGUUCAAAUUAAGAGCAACAACCGCCACAGCUUUCGACGUUCUCAAGGAUUACCCAGGCCACGUGUUGUUGGAUUCGGAAGCGGUGAAGCGUUCCGGGAUAAGAGCGAAGCCGCUGGAGGCUCAACAAGAGUUGAAACCUAAGAAGGUUUACUUUCUCGUAGAAUUGCCCAGGUUUCCGGACGAGGAAAGGGCGGUGACACGGGUAAUGUCUGGUAGUGGUGCUCACGUGAGCGCAAAGGAGCGGCUCGAGUGUCUGAUGUUAAAGCGGAGAUCAAUGUCUGAUGUGUCGGUGGCGAGGCAGGGCUCCGGCGGCCCUGUUCAGGUGAAGAUGAGGCUGCCUAGGAAUCAGGUUGAGAAGGUGAUUGGAGAGAGCAGAGAUGAAGCCGAGGUUGCUCGCAAAAUCUUUCAUCUUUGUCUGCAAAACUCUGAUGAUAUAUGCUGAUCACUAUUAUCUUGUGUAAUCGGACAGAGCAUCUUAACGAGAUGUAAAUUAUGGUAACUCAGCUAAACAUAUAAGGAGUAUUAGAUUUGUUAAUAUAUAUUUCUUGGAAUUCUAAUUAAUUUUGAAAAUUGCCCAUUGAUUUUAUCA